AAAACAAAAAUAACGAAAUCACACUUCCAGUGUACGCGUUUUCGAACUUUUUAGUGGGCCUAAAUUAGCUUGCAACCACGCGAACUUGGUUUUGGUUUUGAUAGAUAUCCACUCAAAUUGUAUUUUUUACACGAUUUUUUGUUACGGUUUCUUCAACAAGUUGUGAGCUCGAUUUUGAUGCGAUUAAACUCGGUUUAUGAUCAACUCGUGCAAAAGAGUCGUUUGGAAAGGUCGUGUUCGUGAUUGGAUGAGACUUAAGAAUGGAGCAGAACUGGAAACUGGGCCUUUUCGUAGUUGUCGUGGUGAUGUGUUUCUUGUGUCAGAGUUUCCAAUGGAGUUGGCGUCUCAACGACAAAGGUUUGGCUCUGCUGAGGUUUAGAGAGAGAGUAGUGAGUGAUCCACUUGGCGCGUUGUCAAAUUGGAAAGAGGAAGAUGUAGAGGUUGAUCCAUGUUCGUGGUUUGGGGUUGCAUGCUCAGAUGGAAAAGUUGUGGUCUUGAAUGUAGACCAAACUGGAGGGACAGUUCGCAGGAGACUGUUGGAAAAUAAAAAAAAACCCAAAUCACCACCUCCCCCCUCACCGUCCCCAUCCCCAUCACCAUCACCUAAGCCAAGGCCAGAAAGGCGGCCUCCUGCUCAACAACGUCCAUCUUACAGCAGGCCUCAAAAAAGUGCUCCACCCCCAUCUUCCCACACGCCUCCUCCUACUCAAAUUGCUCCACCUCCAUCUUCCUACCCUUCGCUAGUGCCUCCCCCCAGAGAAAGCAGCACAAUAUUGCAGAGAAGCUCCUCUUCAAAUCAUCGCAUAGUUGCAAUAUUGGCUGGAGCAAUAGGGGGCACCAUUCUAAUUUUAGUCAUUGGUGUCUAUCUAUGUAUAAGCAAUAAGGUAGCUACUGUUAAACCUUGGGCCCCAGGAUUAAGCGGACAGCUUCAGAAAGCAUUUGUAACUGGUGUGCCAAAGAUCAAGAGAUCAGAGCUUGAAGCAGCUUGUGAAGAUUUCAGUAAUGUAAUAGGUUCUUCGCCAAUUGGUACAUUGUACAAAGGGACACUCUCUAGCGGAGUCGAAAUUGCUGUGGCCUCUGUGGCAGCGACAUCUGCCAAGGGUUGGUUAAACAGUUUAGAAGCACAGUUUAGAAAGAAGAUUGACACAUUGUCAAAAGUCAACCACAAAAAUUUUGUCAACCUUCUUGGAUAUUGUCAGGAAGACAAACCUUUCACCAGAAUGAUGGUAUUCGAAUAUGCUCCAAAUGGAACACUUUUUGAGCAUUUGCACAUUAAAGAGGCCGAACACUUGGACUGGGGAAUGCGAUUGAGAAUUGCAAUGGGAAUGGCCUACUGUCUCGAGCAUAUGCACCAGCUGAACCCACCUAUAGCCCACAACAACUUGAACUCGUCAGCUAUCAGUCUCACUGAGGAUUAUGCGGCCAAGAUCUCGGAGUUUACUUUCUGGAAUGAGAUAGUUGCAGCUGAGAUAGAAUCAUCUGGAUUAAACAAUUUGCAUACACCAUCAGCAUGCCCGGAAAGUAAUGUUUAUAGCUUUGGUGUGAUAUUGUUUGAAAUUGCUACAGGUAGGCUCCCUUACUCCGUGAACAAUGCCUCACUUGAAGACUGGGCAUCUGCUUAUUUAAGUGGGGAGGAACCGCUUAGAGAAAUGGUUGACCCAACUUUGACAUCCUUCCAAGAGGAGCAACUGGAGCUAAUAGGUGAAGUGCUAAAAUCUUGUGUCCACCCUGAUUCUAAACACAGACCGUCAAUGAGAGAAGUCUGUGUAAGAUUGAGCGCCAUAACUGGAAUAACGCCUGAAGCAGCGAAUCCAAAACUUUCUCCCCUUUGGUGGGCAGAACUUGAGAUUACGUCUGCAGAUGCAAGCUAGCUAAAGUAUACAACUUGAAUUUGAACUUCAAAUUGGGAGUUCAUAGAAGGUGAGGCGCUAAAGAAAUGUUGCCUGUACGUUGACAUAGCUUGUAUCUCCCAGAGUAAUAGGAAUUACUUGUACAGAACUCAUGUAUAGGGAAAUCUGGCGAAUCUCUUUCA